GCCGGGCGCGUUCCCGUCGCUCCAGCGCUGGGAGAAGGCAGAGGCUGGAGAAAGAUGGAGACCGGAGCAGCCUAUGGAGCUGGCAAGGCUGGGGGCGCCUUUGACCCCGUCACAUUCCUCAGGCAGCCUCAGACCAUACUCCGGGCUGUCAGCUGGCUUUUCUCGAUUGUUGUAUUUGGAUCGAUCGUCAACGAGGGCUACGUGAACCGACCGAGCGAGAUCGAGGAGCACUGUGUCUUCAAUCGCAAUGCCAACGCUUGUAACUAUGGCAUUACCAUCGGGGUGCUGGCCUUCCUCGGGUGCCUGGCUUUCCUCGCCCUCGACGCCUACUUCCCGCAGAUCAGCAGCGUCAAGGACCGGAAGAAGGUGGUCUUGGGGGAUAUCGGAUUUUCAGGCUGCUGGUCCUUCCUGUGGUUUGUGAGCUUCUGCUUCCUCACCAACCAGUGGCAGGCCACGAACCUCGCUGAAGACAACCCGCUGAAGGAGGGGGCAGACGCUGCUCGUGCCGCCAUCACCUUCUCCUUCUUCUCAAUCUUCACCUGGGCUGGCCAGGCAUUCCUGGGGUACCAGCGGUACCGUCUCGGGGCCGACUCCGCCCUCUUCUCCCAGGACUACACCGAUCCGAGCCAGGAUGCCUCCGUCCCUUACGCACCGUACGUCUCCGGCGACGAGAUGGAGCCGCCUGGGUCCUACCAGCAGCCGCUGCCGACGGCCCCCUACAGCACCAGCUCAGACGGAUACCAGUCGCAGGGCUACUGAAGCGCGUCCGCGAUGAGGGCGGAGUACAUGAGGCCCUCGCACGGGGUGGGGGCAGAUACACAUUUUACUGGGCAACUCUUGACGAAAGCAGGAGGACGCUCCAACACGUGUGAGCCAUCAGUGUGUCUGAAGUAGUUAGGACAGGCUGUAAUCUCCUUGUGUUUGAGUCGCACUUUUUAAAUCUCUGACGUCCGGAGGGUGGACAGUUUCCGGUUUCCUGGCAGAACCUCGGGUCAGGUGGUGGGCAAUGUAUAUUAAAUGAACAAAAUAUAUAUUUAUUUAUUCUUGUUUUGUGGCUGCUGUUAGAGUAAUCCCCCUCUAAAGUUCACCUUACUUUCUGUUGGGAUUGGGUGUGUGUGUUUGUGGGGAGGGAAUUCUGAAUCACUGAUGCCCGAUGAGGGGCGGGCGGGGGGAGGCUACAGAAUGCUUGGGGGUUUCCCAGAGGUACCUGAGGCAAGUUGGGUUAUUACUGCUCCUUAAGGACACAUGCAAUCGUUUGGGUGGGGGCAAGGGUUGGGGGAGAAAGCAGAGUCCCUCUCAGAGGGCUUCUGCCCCCACUGCCGAUAGACCCUAACCCCCUCCAAGCUGAGGACUUCGGCUGGGAUGGGAACAAGGAGUCGGCUAUGUGGGUAACAACUGGAACCGGCCUUUGGGUUUUGGGCCUGAGGCAGUGUCCACGCUCCCUUGGUUCGCUCAGCACAGCCCCUCAUUGCGAGAAGUGGUACUGACAGGGAGGAGGUUAUGGGGUCUGAGGCAAGGGACCGAGUGGACCCCCUCCAUUGAUAGGGAGGUACUGACGGGAGAUGCUCAGUACUGCAGCACAGCUGGGAGGCUCUAUUAAAGGAUGUAUUGUAGGUGACAGGGUCCGGGGAACCCGUUACUCAGGUGGGCUGGAACAGUCUGGUACAAGUCUGGGAUGGUGGUCCUUUGCAUGGGAGUUGAGAGUUACCUUCUGCAAUGGGCUGGAGGUCCCUGGAUGGUAUUCUCUAAUCCUUCCUCCCGGGGAUUUGAGAGCGAAAGGUUGAGAACUCUUCCCCCAGGGCCAACUGGAACUGUUGGCAGUCGGUGCUGAUGUGCAAUGUGGGAUGGUGUGGCUGCGGGUUCUCCUGCCUCGCUCAGUGACACCCGUUGCGUCGAAUAGCAGGGUCUUCAGUCCUUUGUCCUGUCCCCUCAAUCUGUUAGACCGUAGACGACGUUAACCUUGGCUCCAUUCAGUUCCCCCGAUUUGUUUAGCCAGUGAAACUCUAUCACCGUUUUGAAAUACUCAGUGAGCCUGAGGAAAGCUCGUGGGAGGAGUGGAAAUGAUAUCCGAUUCCUUCCCCACUCUGUGUGAAGGCUACACACCCCACAUCAUCCUGAGCGGCCUGGCACUCAGUUUAACCUUGUCCCCUUUUAUUCUGGCCCGGCCCAACACCGGAGGAUAUAGUUCUGUCUGUUUACCGUACUGCACCAUGUAAUCAGUAUAAACACCUCAGCCAGACAAUUGGUGGGGAAAACCAGUCUCUGAGAUCACCUCUUCCAUGUUGAUCCCAUCGUGUGCUCUGACCAUUUGUGUGUUGGAGCAGGGACAAGGUUUGGAGCCAGGUUUUCGGGCAGGGCUGGCUUGCUGAUCGACCCAGGCGGUAGACUGAUUCAGAACCACUGAUUGGCAAGCGUCGACCUAGAGCAGUCAGCACGAAAUGGUCCUGUGCAGCCAAGAGGCCCAUGGAUCAAAGCUCUUACACCCGUUAUCAGCUGGAGAGCAAGAUCCCAGGAUCCUAUUUACCGCCAUCCUCUUGAGGGAUGGGAGGGAGAAUUAUAUACAACGAACCAAUUAGUCUUCGUGGUGCAAGGGAGAAGAUCAAUAGCAUUGGUUGUAGUAGGCCGAGGGUUGGUUAGCUGGAUCUCCACAGCACACUAAGCCUGCACUGUUAAACAAAACGCAGAAGAUUGGGGCUUGAUGGCAAGGUCCGAAAAAGGGGGGGCUGCCUGUCUAAAUAUUACUGUCUUAUCAAACCUCGUUCUACAGAUUGCCUAGUAUUCUGUGUAUAGACUGGGAACAGUUGCAACUUUAAACAGAUCCUUAAAAGUGUAUAAAUCUGUAUUUCAUAUAGUAUUUUACUGUUGUAUUUAAAAAAAAUACAUUUUUUUGUGUUACUAUGUAUACGGGCUAGGCCCAGGCCUUCUGAGGUGAUAGGGGUGGGUGAAGGCAUCAGAAUCAUCUGUAUGCAGGGGUUCCCAACCUUUUUUUAUGCCAUGGACCAAUGCCAUUAAGCAAGGGGUCCAUGGACUCCAGGUUGGAACCCCCUGCCUGUAUGUAAAAGGUAACUUAUUGAAAACCAUGUUGUCUGAUGUUUUGUCCACAGGGGCAGAUCAGGAGCAUCAGAGCUUGAGGUGGGACUAAUGACCAUUUCCCAGGUUGAUUGGGGGGAGGUGGGGUAACACACUUGGAGGCUGUGUGUGUCAAGAGUGUUCGCUAUCACUGGCCAGUGGGGAGUGUUGAGGCAGGUCCUGGAAGUGUGGAGAUGGACGACCAUGAAACUCUUCCCCCAAGGAGGACAAAAGGCACACCUGCUAUGUAUGUUCAGAGCCUCGUCUCUCCCGAUCAUUUCCACUUAAGCUAUGAUAGAGAACUGGAGUGAUCCUCUAGCAGUGAUCUGGGUACUUAUCACUCUCAUCUCCUAGGCAGAAGGUUGUGGGUUUCAGCACCUCCCUAGAAAGAGCACUAUAGUACCAGGGUACCACCUCUAAACCAGCACCCACUCUCCCAAAUUCAGGUACAGAGAAAAGAUCGUAUGGACAUUACCCUGAACGGGAUUCUAUUCAAACAUUUCUCGCUCCAAACCACUAAAACUGAUUGGCCAUUACCAUGCUUCCACCUGUGCACUGAUUGGCUGCUAUCCCUCCAAUGACCAAACUUUGAUUUGUUUGUAAAGAGCUUGCGGGGCAUUCCAAAAGGGACGUGGAAGGUGCUAUGCAUUUAUAAACACAGAUCCUGCAGGUGCAGGAAGUCUUGAAGGAACACGCACCAAAUACUGGAGGAGCUCAGUAAGUCAGGGAGCAUCUAUGCAGGGGAAUAAACAGUCGAUGUUUCUGGUUGAGACCCUUCAUCAGGACUGGAUGAAGCGUCUGACUCAAGUGUCGACUCUUUAUUCCUCUCCAUAGAUGCUGCCCGACCUGCUGUGUUCCUCCGGUGUUUUGUGUGUGUUGCUCUGGAACAAGUUGAUGCAACAGGCUGGGGGAUUGCCCUUGCCAGCAGUUACCUCGGCCAAUGGGGGGGGGUGGGGGGUUAUGAGACUUACGAAAGGCAAGGGUGGUGGGUGGGAGAUGUGGAACAGCAGUGGGAUCUAUCCGAGUGUGUGUGAUUUGCCUGCGAGGUGCGAAUCUUCCCAUUACCUCAAACACCCAUAUCACCCCGGCCAAUACCCGGUGCACAGAUUGGAACAGUUUCCUUGUGAUGCCAGACUCGCCCGCCAUCAGAGAGAGCACUGCACUAGCCACUAAAUUAUUGCCGAACAAGUGUAGCAUUCUGUGUAUAGACGUCAUGGUGUGUAUAUGGAGCCCUCGUGGCUUUAAAUAUCGUUUUCGCUGUGUGUCCCCCUCACAGCGCAGCCUGUGUUUGUGGUACAUUGAGACGAUAGCAAAUAUUUAACUGUAAAAUUGUGAUUCUCAAUAAAGAUGUUUGAGGUAGUAAACUGUUUCCUGUUCACCUUGAAUUUAAACAAAUGCAGAAAAUACCUUAACACACAGGUCAGGCAGUACCUGUGGGGAGAGAAAAAGUGAAUGUUUUGAGUCGGAACUGGCAGAGAUUAAAAGAAACAUUAAUCUACAGAGAAGUUUGGGGCGUAUUGGCAGGACUGGGUAGGGGCAGACUAGUUUAAAUAGACUACUGAGAGCAGUUAGCAGGUGAUUUAUGCUUCUGUGUUCUGUUAGCAAGUGGGUUGUGGGACAUCUCCCAUCAGGCCGCAUCAACGAAGAAAGACCGGGCCAGAUUGAUAACUUGCAGUAUCCAUUCUGAUACAGACCGGAGAAGUGAGUUGCCGAAAGUUGGCAACUUCGUUAAGUGGUCCUGCAGGCUGUGAAAGUGUCCAGGUAGAAGAUACGUUGUUCUUCAAUGUAGGAACUGCCACCUCUCCAAUUCUCCCUGGUAAAAGUGGUAGGUAAUUCCUGAGGGGAAGUUCUGGCUACCAAUGAUUUGGGGAGUUGCAAGAGGCCAGAACUUGGAGAACACAGGCAGCACUGGUUUGUCUGACCUAAUGUUCAAAGAGACGGGAGGCAGACCAGAAAAAAAGGGAAACCAUUAAGUUUGAAGGUAACAUGGGCAGUGAUAAGGAUUUCAACACCAAAGAGCAGAGGCAAGGGAGAGGUGGGAAUAGCCAGGCUGUUCUCAUUCAGUCACUGAACACGUUCGUGCUCUGGUCAGUUAGUGCACCCAGCCCAUGCUCUUUUCUCACUGCUGUCAUCAGGAAGGAGGUAAAGAAGACUCAGGACUCACCCCCACCAGGAUCAGGAACAGUUAUUACCAUCAGGCUCUUGAAUCACUCGCUCCAUCACUGAAGGACUCUUCAUCUCACCUGGAUAUUUUUUUAUUAUUGUAUGUUUUCUUUUUGUCUUUGCAGUUUGUUGUCUUUUACACCCUUGUUGCCCACACUGUCUGUGCAGCCUCUCAUUUAUUCUAUUAUGGUUAU